AUGAGCAGCGGCCCUAGCAGACAGACGAUUAACGCCCGGCAGCCGAGAAAGCGCUACCACGAGGAGAUCUCAGGCCCUCAUUCUGAUGGCGAAAGCCAGACGUCUCGGAGUCGUCGCGGAGAGUCUUCAAGCUCAGUAGACACACCCGGCGCUCUCAGCAGCAGCAUCAACAGCUCCCGUCCCCGACUGCCACCACUCCCCCCGUUCCCUCGAGUGAGAUAUCCCGGCGACGGGUUCGAUUUCCGCAGGCCCGUCAUGUCGACCGGAGUGCCAGCCCGGCCACAUUCACUCCAGCUUCCGCCGCAAGAGGAUGUUAUCGAUUUAACGCAGGACUCAGAUCCGGUGAUACGGCCUGCCCUAACGCCGGGAGACCAAGAAGAACCCGUGCUGCUGAACAGAGCGUCGCGCGGCCCUCGGUUUGGACGAAAUAUCAUGGUUGAUGUGGUGGAUUUGGAAGCCGACAGUCCUCCCGGGCACCAGCAGCAACAACAGCAACAGCAACCAUCGAGCCCGGAGGUGGAGUUCCUAGGGUCGUCACUGAGGCCCCGCGCAUCACGAGCACCGGAUAGGAGUCACAGCGAUAGCCGACAUCCGCUGCUGUGGUCUAGAAGCUCUGACAUGCCGCAUGUGCAAAGAGGAACGCAGCGGCCUGGGAGACUGUCGCCCCUAGACCGGGAGGAGAUGUUACGACGUGAAUUGUCCCUACGCACGAGAGGCAUGUUGGCCUUUCAGCCAGUAACACCCAUGGCUGCGUCUAUGCAUUGGCUCGGUAGCGAAAUAGACCUCACGUCGGAUCUCAAUCCUUUUGCCAUACAGCUGGAUUACAGCACAACAGCAUUCGCCGGCGGUGAGGCCCCUAGGACAGAGCCUGUGUAUGAGCCACCUCCGCCUCCCCCUGAUGGAUUCACAAGGACAGUUACAGAAGAAGAAGAAGCUAUUUGUCCAAACUGUGAGCGUGAGCUCGGGACGGGAGAUGAGCUGGGAAAACAGAUAUGGGUUUCCAGAGCCUGCGGACAUGUUUACUGUGGUACAUGUACCAAAAACAGAGCCGUCUCUUCUAGAGCAAAGAAAUCUGAUCACUCUCUUGAUAUAAAGUCCAAACCCUUUGCAAAAUGUGUUGUGGCAAACUGCGGGAGAUCCGUUAGCCAGCCCCGGACAAUGUUCCAAAUUUAUCUCUAA